GUGCUGAGCCUCGGCUUCUUUUUUUUGCUUCUGGAAAAGGCAAAAAGCGACGUCGAGAAAGAAAAUGACGACGAACGAAGCUGAUAUUGCAAGAAACAGCAGAUAUCAGACACUGACAUGAGUGCUAGGCAUACAUAAGCGGAGAGAAGAUGUGUGAACAGCAGAGAUCUCGGGUUCAUGUCGCUCGAUAGGGCGUGCAGCUGACGUUGUACAACCAUGAUGGAUAAGCUUGUUGUGGCUGCGGGAGGGCUCCGAGCAAACCAAAUUGACAAUAAAUGUCCGCAGGAAAUCAGCUCUGCUACGCGAUAAUAUCCCCGGAUAUAGGGCGAGAACAUGAACCCCUUCUGGGCAGUCGGAAAAAUCGGCCGAGAUGGUCGUCUUAACGGUAACUUCGAUGGUCUAGAUGGAAUGUGAACUUUGUAACUAUGCCUCCAAUAGCUGCCCCGGAUUCCCGUUCUGACAUAGUAAAUCUAGUAGAUGAGAUAUCUCGUCCGAGUUUUCUAGGUUGACUCUUCCCCUUUGGCCGUAUUUCCUGGCCGUUCGGCGUCUGGUUCCGUGAAGGUGACUCGAUGGCUAUUACUGUGUCACCAUAACACAUAGCCAAUGUCGGCUGGGUUCCGAGGGAAACUCAGUUAAUAAGUCAACAAGUUACUGGCUAUGCGGGCAAAAGUAGUGAGACUAACUGGAGCCUGUUCCCAUACAGAAGCAAGACUCCAGUUUAACAUGUGCCGCGGCUUUGGUGGCCGUUUGACGCUGUCGUGUAUAUAUAAAGCCCUCCUAUAGUCCUUCGGGCAUCGCCCUUUUGUCUCCUCUGGACUUUGCUAUAACAUCAACCUCGAUUCCGGCUGCUGUGAUACAACCAUAUAUACCAUCUACAAAGUUGACGUCACGUUAGCACCAAAGCAAGAUGACCUCGGUGGAAGCUCAGCUCAGGGGCGUUGCCAUCCUCGGCCCCCUCAACGACCAGACUCGCAAGAUCCUCACCAAGGAGGCUACAGCUUUCCUCGCCCUCCUCCAUCGCACAUUCAAUGGCACCCGCAAGGCCCUGUUGAAGAGACGUAUUGACCGCCAGGCCGAAAUUGAUAGAGGCGCUCUUCUCGAUUUCCUGCCUGAGACUAAGCACAUCCGCGACAAUGAUACAUGGAAGGCUGCUCCCCCCGCUCCGGGACUUGUUGAUCGUCGUGUUGAGAUUACGGGCCCAACCGAUAGGAAGAUGGUUGUCAAUGCUUUGAAUGCCGAUGUUUGGACCUACAUGGCUGACUUUGAAGACUCAUCUGCUCCAACAUGGGAGAACAUGGUAAAUGGUCAGGUGAACCUUUACGAUGCCAUCCGCCGUCAGGUUGACUUCACCCUCGGCGGCAAGGAGUACAAACUCCGCACCGAUAGGAAGCUCCCCACACUCAUUGCUCGUGCCAGAGGCUGGCACCUUGAUGAGAAGCAUUUCACUGUUGACGGAGAGCCAAUCUCCGGCAGUUUGUUUGACUUUGGUCUGUACUUCUUCCACAAUGCCCAGGAGCUUGUCAAGCGAGGCGCUGGCCCAUACUUCUACCUGCCCAAGAUGGAAUCUCACUUGGAAGCACGUCUGUGGAACGACGUCUUCAAUACCGCUCAAGACUACAUCGGUAUGCCUCGAGGCACUAUUCGAGGUACCGUCCUCAUUGAAACCAUCACUGCUGCCUUUGAGAUGGACGAGAUCAUCUAUGAAUUGAGAGACCACAGCUCUGGCUUGAACUGUGGACGAUGGGAUUACAUCUUCUCCUUCAUUAAGAAGUUCCGUAACAACCCCAACUUUGUCCUUCCCGACCGCGCCUCCGUCACCAUGACCGUACCUUUCAUGGACGCAUACGUCAGACUUUUGAUUAAGACCUGCCACAAGCGAGGUGUCCACGCCAUGGGUGGUAUGGCUGCUCAAAUACCUAUCAAGAAUGACACCAAGGCAAAUGACAUUGCCAUGGAGAGCGUUCGUGCCGAUAAGCUCCGUGAAGUCCGUGCUGGCCACGACGGAACCUGGGUUGCCCACCCAGCUCUUGCAUCCAUUGCAUCCAACGUCUUUAACGAAUACAUGCCCACCCCUAACCAACUCUUUGUCCGACGAGAGGAUGUCCACGUCACCGCCAAUGAUCUCUUGAACACCAACGUUCCAGGAAACAUCACCGAGUCUGGUAUCAGGAAGAACCUGAACAUCGGCCUUUCUUACAUGGAGGGAUGGCUUCGUGGAGUCGGCUGUAUCCCAAUCAACUUCCUAAUGGAGGACGCUGCUACUGCUGAAGUUAGCCGAAGUCAGCUCUGGCAGUGGGCGAAGCACAAUGUUCCCACCGCUGAGGGAAAGAGAGUUGACAAAGCAUAUGCACUCAAGCUGCUCAAGGAGCAAGCUGAUGAACUUUCUGCCAAGGGUCCAAAAGGCAACAAGUACCAGCUCGCUGCCCGCUACUUCUCUGGUCAAGUUACCGGAGAGGACUAUGCUGAUUUCUUGACCACGUAAGUCCUCACUGUCAACAUGUUAUUCCAUUCAAGCAUUACUAACCCUUAUCCAUAGGCUGUUGUACAAUGAGAUUUCUGCUCCCGGGCCAGCUGUCAAGCUUUGAUUUAAUAUAA